AUGACGAUGCUAAAAUUGAGUUCAACAGUGAAGAGUUCGGAAAACGUAUUGGAUCUGCAAGAAUCGCAAAUAGUUUGGCUUGGCGAUUCGUCAAAACCAGCAGAAAUAACGCUUCCGAAACACCUGCGCGCAGUGGCCGUCGUGGACGCACCGUUUGUGUAUGCAGUCUCAGAAACCGAAAUGGAAAGCUGUGCAGAACUUAGAUCGCUUGUAAUUGAGGACAUUGAUGUGGUAAACUCUGCCCCCUUGGCUAUUCUGAAACUUAAUUAUUAA